UCCCUGCCGAGGUUGCCCAAGACUAUUAAGUGGUUGACAUAGAUUGACAACUAGGAGAUAGUAUUGAUAGUACCAAGCAUUGAACCAAGCAUUACUCUUUUGUCAUGGCGUUGUAGUCAGUCAGUUUAACUUUCUUUCAUUUUUUCAGGAAUCUGAUGCAAGCAACUUUAUAUCUGUAAAGCUAAGAGAGAAUGUGCACAACCAAGAAUCGCAGUAUGUGAUUAGAAAACCACGCAUUUCUAUUAUUCAGUAGGCAUUUUCCCAUAAUGUCUGACUACCACACAUCAUACAAAUCUAUUUUUUCAGGGUGUGAUUUCUAAAUCAGUCAUUUGAUGCAUCUAUUCAAAAUGGACAAAACUUAAAACAUCAAAGAAUUUAAGUAAAGGUUUCUUUUACAGUACUCCAGAUGAGUUGUAUUUAAUGUAGCUGCUAUUCACCGUCCUACAAGAAUCUGUUCCGGAUUUUAUAACAAACCAUAGAUUAAAAUCCGCUCCAUUCCAGUGUUAGUGCGUUAUUUUGCGUCAAGUCCAAAUAGAUUUCAUAGUUGUCGUAUUUUACUACAGUCGCUUAAACGCCUGAAGUAUAUGAGGUUUUAUAAUGGCACUACACUCAUCUAUGUAAUAAUUUCUUAUAUUGGCUACUUGGAUAUACCUCAUUUGUUGAAAAAAACAACAACAACAACAACCAGACAGCUAGUUCGGGCAGACGGCUAGUGUGCUAGCAUGCCAAUAUCAGCUAGCCAGCAGGUUAUUGUAAGGUAAACAAACCAGUCACCGAGGGGCAGAGAUGCAUACGUGCUCGGUCUGUUGGCAAAGUUGGUGAUGCUGGGAAUCGUACCAGGGACUAGAUGGAUUUUCGUCAGAUGUUAUCUUGACAAUGGAAACAAUAUACGAGUUGCCCACUGCAUCGAUAACGAAAACCAAGUCAGAUCUUUAAGUCAUUUUGUCCAGUACUGAAAAAGCGAAAAGCUUGGUAGGCAAGGCCUUAGUGGCUCUUCGCUCAAGAUAACUGACUGCUAGCUAGCGUCUCCCUCCGUCUGGAUUCAGCAACAGUGCCCCUUGCCAUCUCUCUCAUUGUGGGUGUGGAUGUGUCUGAGACACAGCAGUGGAGAACCACUAACCCUCUAGCUGCUGGAGAACAUCUUGCACCAUACCCGUGACCUUUGACCUCUGAUAUCACUGCCCUUCCAUGCCCUGGUGGCCCUAUCAUUGGGCCAGAACCAUGUGAAGCCCAUUUUAAGCAGCUCUGGACUGUAGGACUAUUGCAAUAACGCCCCCAAACUGUAGGGGGCUCGCCCACCUGAGCAAAGAAUCUACCCCAGUUCCCCUGCCCCACAUCACCUUCUUAUUAAUCCCCCCACCCCAAGAGUGUUCCAGUAGCGUGAGGUGUCGCCAUGAUGUUCAGGGACCAGGUGGGGAUUUUGACAGACUGGUUUAAGGGAUGGAACGAGUGUGAACAGACUGUAGCACUUUUGUCACUGCUAAAGAGGGUGUCACGGACACAGGCACGCUUCCUGCACAUCUGUCUGGAGCACUGGCUGGCAGACUGCACAGAAAUUCACUUACUAGAGGCCGAAGCCAACAAUGCAGCCAUAGUCAGUCAGUGGCAGCAGGAGCCUAAGGAGAAGGCUGUGUGUCUGCUGCUCACCCACCUGCCUCUACUUCAGCCACGCAACAGUGAAGCCAAGUGUGAGUACAUGAGCCUCCUGCAGAAGGUGCUGACCCACACCAUAGAGAGCAGCCUGUUUGUGGAAGAGAGCCGCCAGCUGCUCUCCUACGCCCUCAUUCACCCGGCCACUACGAUGGAGGAUCGUACAAACCUUGCCCUCUGGCUCAACCACCUGGAGGAGCACUUGUCUGCACGCCCCUUAGUUCCGUCUGGGGCGUACCACCACGCCCGCCAAGGCUCUGACGAAUGGGCUGGCCCACCCGAGCCUCCCGAGGUGGUGCAUUCCUGGCAUGAUAAACCCCCCUCGACGUGUGGCUCACCUGCUGGGCAGAAUGGGCACAUGACCUUUCCUGGUACAGGAGCACUGCCCUCUCCCCUAAGCAUAAGCAACAGCACAGGCCUCCCCAGUCAGGUGCAGCCCAGCCCCCUGACGCGCUCCAUGUCUCUCAUUCCUGCCAAUCAGCCAGGCUGCGGCUCUGAUUGGAUAAACCAGGAAGAGGCAGGUGUACGUCAGGGUGUGGCAGGGGCAGAGCAUGCCCCUUUGUCCCCACAAGGCAGCGUAGCAUCAUCUGGGAGUGAACAGACAGAGGAGCAGGCCAAUUCACGUAACACCUUUCAGGAGGAUGGCAGUGGCAUGAAAGAUGUGCCCACGUGGUUGAAGAGUCUCCGCCUACACAAGUAUGCAUCCCUUUUCUCCCAGAUGAGCUAUGAGGAGAUGAUGGUCCUGACCGAACAGCAUCUGGAGUCACAGAAUGUGACGAAAGGAGCUCGGCACAAAAUAGCUUUAAGCAUUCAGAAACUCAGAGAGAGGCAGAGUGUCCUCAAGUCUCUCGAAAAGGAUAUUCUAGAAGGCGGGAAUGUUCGGAACGCAUUACAGGAGCUGCAGCAGAUCAUCAUAACGCCAAUCAAAGCUUGUAUCCCACCUAUUGCUGUCCAGAGGGAGGCGGAGCCUGGGGCUGCACCAACCGAUAAGGCAGCUGACCCUUUGGAAGAGAAGGACACAUCUGUGGAGAGCUUCCAGUCCCAUAAUCCUCCACCAUGUGAUGGGGAGUCAUCGGCCACGCCUAUCUCAGAGGGGGACAUCCCAGGACAAUUCACUCGUGUGAUGGGGAAAGUAUGCACACAACUGCUGGUGUCCAGGCCAGAUGAAGAGAACAUCAGCUGCUAUUUGCAGCUUAUUGAGAAGUGUUUGUCACAUGAGGCAUUCACAGAGACCCAGAAAAAACGUCUGGUGUCAUGGAAACAACAGGUGCUGAAAUUGCUCCGCCUCUUUCCUCGAAAAGCCAUGCUGGACAUGCCCAUGUACCGACAGAAAGGCUGGGCGGCGUAUGGUUCAAACUCUCUUCCCACAGCGGGCUCUGUGAGUGGGGGUAUGAGCCGCAGAGGGCAAAGGCAGUUUCCUAUGCCUCCGCGUGGGGCAAUUCCUCCUAGAAGCAUGGGGCUUAUGACCCCUGGGGGCAUCACAGGAGCCUCCCCUCGACACACACUUUCCAACCCCACCACUCUCACAGGCCAGGGUCGACAGAACCUCUGGUUUGGUAACCCCGGAGGCAGUAACAGUAUGCCCAGCCAGAGUCGCAGUUCAGUACAGAGAACCCACUCUCUUCCCGUUCACACGUCCCCACAAACAAUGCUUCUGUUCCAGCAACCAGGUGCACACACCCACCCACCCCCAUACAGACACCCACACACCCAUUUUGCCUUAUCUGAGUGGUUUGCUUCUUCCCUUUCCUACCCAGAAUGCCAGGUUCCAGGGACAGACCUGGAGAUCAACCCUACACUGGAGUCACUGUGCCUCAGUAUGACGGAGCACGCCUUGGGAGAUGGAAUGGACAGAACAUCAACAAUAUGAAAAUAAAAAGCAAUGGAAAGGAAUUUACAAUCUCACACUUCACUUUGCAACUGAAUCAUGCAUUUGGUGCCCAUGGCCCACAACAUGUAUACAUGCUAAACAAACAAAAGAACUAAACAAUGCAAAACAAGUCACUACAAAUGACAAAAAACUAACUGUGUAAAUGUUCUCUUGAUAUUUUUCUACUUUAUUAUACUUAACUAACUUUAUUAUAAAUGGGAUACAGAUGACUAUUAUAUGAAAGGAGGUUUAGUUUGUGCAGAUUGCUUCUGUUCUCCUGCACAACUGUUUAAACCAUCCUGAGAGAGGCGAUCUCACUCUCCAAGUCUCAAAACAGUUCUCCUCACCCUUCCCCUCGCACCCUUCCUUUUAACUCCUCUGCCACAGGCCCCUUUUGAGAAUCUUGGUGGCCUGGAUAGAUGUAUGCAGUAUGGCAAAGCUUAGAUGCCAAUGGCCACGGUUGGUUGCGUGUUCAGUAUGCAGCCAUGCCAAAAUCAAUAAUGUUGGGGUGUAAGUGGAAGCUGGAGUUUACUGGGUUAUGAGAGCAAGGGAGUGACUUGGGACUGAGACAAAGUGAGCUUGGCUCCCAUGUGGAUUUGAGAGGGGAGUGAAAGGUUGGUGCUAUUUUUAAGGGCUUUUAGCCUGUUUCUUUUACCUAAGAGUUGUAACUGUUUCUGUAACCAGUUGUGUACACACAUGCACAAGUGCGCAGUUCCUAAAAACAGGUUAAUGUUCAGUUUCUUAAACACACAGUCCCAUCCGCACUGAUGCGUUGCAGGAGAAGCUUUUGGGCACUUUCUGAAUUCUGUUCGCAGGUUAUUUUUUAUUUUCUUUUUUUUAAGGGCAACAUACACAAGUCAUGACUGGAAAUUUAAUAGCAGUUUUCUGAGGAAGACUUUGUUACCCGCAUCUUAAUUAGUGGUCAGGAUUCUGUGAUGAUGAAUCUUUCUAGAGGGAGAAAUUUAAUCCAGGUCUGUUUUGGUUUUUGAUUUCAGACUUGGUUUUGCAGAUCAGUCUUGUGACCCUUGCACAAUAAGUCGCAAACUCCAACAUUCCAUUCUGGCCUUCUACAAUGUCCAGGAAAAGAACCAAUAAAUCUGAUGAACAUUUAAUAGGAAAAGUUUUACAAGUGACAUUUUGAUUAUUCCAAUCUGUUCCCACCAAAUUAGUUUGUCUUGCCAGAGGGCAGCUGUCUUAAGUAUGGACUUUCAGUUGAUCAAGUGUCUGAAAGUGUCCCUUAUACCUUUUAUAUUUAUAUAUCCAUGGUAUUAUUGCACAUAAUAUUUUAUGUGUAGGUACACAAGUUCUUAGCACUUGCAUUUUAAAACGAUUGAAGGAUCACUACAACAGGUAUACAGGGAGGGUUUAAACCUAGAGAAGUGUGGCUGACAACAUUCCCUGUGUAAAUAUUAAAGGUAUAAGAACACAUUUUGAAGCCCAAAGGACAUUUAUUUUUUUCUUAGUGUGUUUACUUGGUAGUUUAAGAAGCAGAGACAUGCAUUUGGACUGAUGCCUUGGCGUCAUAGCUUUCUAGAGAUGAUCUUUAUGAAGAGAAGAACUGCAGAAAACGCUUUCUGGAGUUCUGGAGGUUGUAGUUUUUGAAAGAGCUGGACUCAUCUGUUCCCUGUAUUUGAUAAGGGAUGUUACCAAGCAGACAUCCCCUCAGCUGAGACUGACGGGGAAUACCACUUUAUAUAUACACACACACACACACACACACUCAGAUGGUACAGCCCACAUCAUUAUGAUUAUACAAUGUGCAUUGAGCUCAAGAUGUCUUAAAGAGCCACAGUGUAGGGGAGUGAAAAAAUAAAGUGGAGGAGCAUGUAUAGAACUCA